AUGAACCGAAGACCCAACGAAAGAUAUCACGCACAAGAGCGGGAGUCAUUUGAUUCCUCCUCGUUUCGGUCCCGGGACUAUAUUUCGCCGCCAGAUGGACAUCAUCGUGAAAAUGGUUGGGGACAACAUUACGACCAACGUAAUUCAUAUGAUGAUCGUGGUAUUAGACGUAAUACUCAGCAAAAUGGGCAGUACCGUCAGGAACCACUCAGCAGUAGACGGGAAAAUCUAGAACGAGAUCCUGAGAGGUAUGAGCGAAUGGAUUUGGAAGAAAAGUCAAAGUUGGCGAGGACAUUGUUUAAGACUGCUCCAACGCAGGAGGAACUGAGGACACGUGGCUCUUGCGUUGUGAUGUGCCGUUUCAAUCCGACUCAUAUUCUCGAUCUUUGUAACAUCGAUGCACAUCAGCGAAAUUGUAAGGAUCGUCUUCGCCUCGAAGAGUUUGGCUGUGAAUUCAACUAUAGCAGGAAAUGUGAGUACGAAGAUUGUAAGAAUGAGCUAGCUGGUUCAAUACAAGCACCACGACAUUGGUCGCCAGUGGUAGUUGAGUUGUAG